CUAAUUCUGUGUUUCUGUGUCGUUAUUCUAGCUGGAUUGACUGGAAAUAUUAUAGUUUGUGUUGUAAUAUGUCGCAGUCGUGCCUUAAAGUCAACCCGUAACUGGUACCUAUUUAAUCUUGCCAUAUCCGAUAUCUCCGCCUGCGUUUUGUGUGUUCCGUUCAUGUUGGUGCGGUUGACGUUAAAGAAUUGGCAACUUGGACUAUUUAUGUGCAAGCUCGUACCAACGUUACAAACUACUUACGUUUUUGUUUCUACGUUCACGAUAUUGUGUAUUGCAAUUGAUCGACAUCAAGCGAUCGUUUGUUCCAGUAGUCGCAACAAUCAGAAACGUCGGACUAAAUAUAUCCUUCCGGCUAUCUGGAUUAUUUCCAUAUCAUUUGCGUUGCCUUUAUUUUUCGCCCAUGAAAUGGAAGAUGCCUACGGGAUUACAGGGUACGUGUUAUAUUCAAUUUGUCGUGAGAAAUGGACAUCUAAAGAAUCACUUUGGUGCUAUACUAUCUCCGUGUUAGUAAUUCAAUAUCUAACACCAGCUGUGGCGAUCUUGACCUUACAUUUAAAGAUCUGCAGGUUUCUACAGACACGUGUACACACGGCUCAAGAGUCGCAGAGGGAGAUACAAAGGGUAAGACGUCACGUGAUUCGUCAUCAAAAGAACAUGAUACUGUUGACUACAAUUGCUGUAGCGUUCGCUCUAACGUGGUUACCGAUGUCCCUAGUGAAUUUACUAGCUGAUAUAGAUUACCACCUCUUUACUCAACUCAACUUUCCAUUGAUCCACGCUGUUUGCUUGUUGACUGCUUUCCUCUCGGUGUGUAUCAAUCCAGUAGUGUAUGGCUGGUUUAACACCAAUAUCCGGCAAGACCUUGGAAAA